GGGAAGGCUGCUGUGCUGCCAAAGCCCUGAGCAGCAGCUUGAUGCAGCCUGCGAAGCCGGAGAGAACAAGCACGUUCAGCACAGCAGGCAGGCUGGCUGGCCGGCCACAUUUGCAGAACUGCAGCUCUGUUUUCAUGACGCUCACUCUGGAGGUGGACAGCGUUCUCCUGCUCCCCGUGAACUCCCUGCAGCCUUUAACACCUGACUUCUCCCGAAUUCUCAAUGUUUUUACUACUGCAAGGAAAUAACACGGCUUUCUGAACUCAGUGGAUUUGCAGUGUUGUUGCUGAUCACUGCUAGACUGCAACAGCUGAUUCUGAUUGUCCAACCAGCCAUCUCUAGUUUAGGAGAUAACAGAGAAUGACUUUUCGUGGAGGAGGAAGAGGAGGGGGCUUCAAUCGCGGAGGAGGUGGUGACAGAGGUGGCUUUAAUCGUGGACGUGGUGGCUUUGGACGGGGAGGCGGUGGACGAGGAGGUGGUGGACGAGGAGGCUUCAACAGAGGCGGAUAUGACCAGGGACCUCCAGAAAGGGUAGUCUUGUUGGGAGAGUUCAUGCAUCCAUGUGAAGAUGACAUUGUUUGUAAAUGUAAAACGGAAGAAAACAGGGUGCCUUAUUUCAACGCGCCAGUGUACUUGGAAAAUAAGGAGCAGAUUGGCAAAGUAGAUGAAAUCUUCGGACAGCUAAGAGAUUUUUAUUUUUCAGUGAAACUGUCUGAGAACAUGAAAGCCUCUUCAUUUAAAAAAAUGCAAAAGUUUUAUAUUGAUCCAGCAAAGCUACUACCCCUGCAGAGAUUUUUGCCAAGGCCUCCUGGAGAAAAAGGUCCCCCUAGAGGAGGUGGUAGAGGAGGGCGUGGUGGUGGACGUGGAGGAGGAAGAGGCGGUGGUAGAGGUGGAGAGUUUAUAGACUCCUAG